UGUGUUUUUAGCUGUGGUCAAAAUGAAAUGUUGGAUUUAAUCUGGACUCGUGCCUGCCUGCUGCGUGUUUGUUGCUUGCCACCCUGUGUACUUGCCUACCUACUGGUCUACCUGCCUUUACAUAGAUGUGGUACUGGGUGUUCCUGUGGUGUCUCUUCUCCUCGCUCUUUGUCCACGGGGCGGUGGGGCUGCUCAUGUUGGUCAUGCUGCAGCGCCACAAGAGGGGCCGCCUCAUCACGCUGGUGCUGGUCAGCGUGGGUUUCCUCGCCUCCCUCUCCGGAGGCGUCAUCACCAGCGCGGCGGUGGCGGGGGUGUACCGUGUGGCAGGGAAGGACAUGGCACCACUGGAGGCUCUGGUGUUCGGCGUGGGCCAGACCACCCUCUCUGUCAUCAUAUCCUUCUCACGCAUCCUGGCGACUUUGUGAAGCAAACCCUCGACGUCCUGAUGGACAGACGCUGAGACGAGAGCGAAUGAAUCGAGCCAAUCUGAGACUUGUAGCUGCUCAUCAUGGUGGAGUUUGUGGAAGGAGAGGAGGUAAAAAUUGCUCUGGGCCUUUGGGGCUGGAUGCAGGUGUGAGCGCUCCCCAGUGUCCGUGCUAUGUUACUGCCACAAUCACAGAGGGAACUCAAUGCAGGCCGGGUGACAGAGAGCAGCCCCAAGGCGGACACGGCGGCAUCCUCAGCUUCUGGACUUGAAAGCCAUGUUGUGGGUGUUUUCAGAGUUACAUCACUUCUUUGUGCCAACAGCCUUCUCUGGUACAUCCAGAUGCCUUUGUGGCCACUGACUCCUGAAGGCUUUCUGUUGCAAAGUUGGGAAAAAACAAACCUCUUUUUUCAAAAACAGCAGAGUGACGACAUGUAAUGAUGAUCUGACGAUCUCCUUUGGUGAUCAGCGUGAGAACAAAAGUAGAGCAAUGAAGGCAUGUUUAGGGAGUGACAACCCAAAAGUGUUCAUCAGCAAAAACGCAAUUUCUUCAGUAUUAGACGUCAGCCUCACCUCAAGGUCUUUACAACGUUCAAGAUUAUCAUGAUCAUUCCUGUUCCUUGGAUGGUUCAGCUUUAAAACCAUCUAACUCACGAGCAAGAUGCAGCUUUGAAUUUUGCACUUUGUAAACGUUGGAGACGCUCUUUACCUAAGAGGUGUGAAAUCAGUAGACGUGGAGGAGAAAACCAGCAUCAGUGCUACAUUUGGUUUGAUGAAAUGUUGACUGAUUGUGUGCCAAUGAGAAUGCCAGUUGGAGUUAAAGAAAUCUUUUGACAGGAAUAUGCUUAUCUUGCUGAGAGUUAGAUGAGAAAAUUUAUGCCACUUUGUGUGAAGCUACAGCCAGAAGGCAGUUAGCUUAACUUAGCAUUAAGACUGGAAACAGCUAGCCUGGCUGUGUGAAAGCAGCACCUCAAAAGCUCACUCAUUAACACUUUGUAUAUUUAGUUUGUUCAGUCUAAAAACGGCAAUUUGCAGCUUUACAGGGGUUAUUUGCCUGAUAAUUAUGUAUCAUAAAAUCCACCACAUAACCCCCCGUAAAACAGCAAAUUGAUAUUUUUACAGUUCAUGUUAAACAAACGAGAAACAACGCAUUAAUCCAUUAACUUUAGAGGUGCUGGUAUGCAGAUUUUGUUUCCAAUGGACAGAGCCGGGCUAGCUGUUUCCCCCUGUUUUCAGUCUUUAUGCUAAGCUAGGCUAACUGUCAGACAUGAGUGUUAUUAAUGUACUCCUCUAACUCUCAACAACAAAGUCAUUAAGCAUAUUUCCCAAAACAUGGUUCGGUUUACAUUGAGCUGGUUUGAUUCAGGUCUGGUUAGCGUAAGAUCAGGAUCAGGGUCCUCCUAUUCAGGUUUUGAGAAAGAUGUACUGGUAAUAAAAAGGGUUGUUUUGC